UGGUUCUGGGUUCUCCGGUGGUUCUGGGUUCUCCGGUGGUUCAGGCUUUAGCGGCGGCAGCGCUGGGGUCGGAAUCUCGGUCGGUGGGGGAGGCCUUUCGGGCGGUGGCACGGGAGGAUAUGGAGGCGGAGGAUGUCGGGAGGGGGAAGUGCUGAACGUCGACGGCACCUGCGCCUUCCCGGAAAUCACAAGGAAUGUGUACGUUUACACCGCUCCGGAACAGCCACAGUCCGUGCUUCCGCCCCCCGCCGUUCCCCCGCCGCGAGUGGAGCACAAUGUGAUCUUCAUCCGCACCCCCGAACAACCGGACGCCCCCGACCCCAUCAUCCUCCCCCCGCCGCGUCAAGAGAACAUCGUGUACGUCCUCAACAAGAACGAGCCAGGCAGCCAGAAGGUCAUCGAGGUGCCUGCUCCUCCCGCUUCCAGCCCCGAGGUCUACUUCGUUAACUACGAGGAAGGCGAAAACCCGACGCUUCCCGGCGGCUUUGACCUUCAGACGGCUUUGACCGCCGCCACGCAGGGCGGAGGACAAGUCAUCGGUAGCGGCGGAGGCAGCGGCUUUGGAGGUGGCGUUGGGGGAGGAAGUGGCUUCGGAGGUGGCGUUGGGGGAGGAAGUGGCUUCGGUGGUGGCGUUGGAGGAGGCAGCGGCUUCGGAGGUGGCGUUGGGGGAGGAAGUGGCUUCGGUGGUGGCGUUGGAGGAGGCAGCGGCUUCGGAGGUGGUGUUGGUGGAGGCAGCGGCAUCGGAGGUGGCGUUGGGGGAGGCAGUGGCUUUGGAGGCGGUGCCGGUGGAGGUUUCGGAGGGGGCUUUGGAGGAGGGUCCAUCGGAAGCGACUUCGCAAGUAACGUUAUAGCAGGAGGCUUCGAUGUUGGGGCUUCGAGCGGCGGCUUCGACGACUCAGGGGAGUUCGAGGGCGUUCCUCAGUACGACUCCUCCCUGCCGCCGGGCGUGGCAAGGGGCGUCACCAGCGCUUCGCAACCGGUUGUCGCUCCUCCCGCGCCAGCUAUUGUAUCAGCGCCAGCCAGUAUUUACUCCCUGCCUUAACUCUAAAAGGGUAACCCUGGUUCCGCGCAGAUCCUUUGCAAUUCAGUCUUGCAUAACAGAGAAGAAAA